AUGCCCUUCACGUUAUCAGCACCAAGGUCAGAGGUUGAACCUUCUCGAUCCCAACAAAUUCAAAGAGCGGACAUCGUUUCUGCGGCCAACCAGGCCUCAACUACCACAAAUCAUUAUCCUCGAAGACGAAGAAAUGUAUUUAGUACACUAACAGAUUUGAUACAAACGAAUUCAAUGGUCCGUUAUGGUACCUUAAUAUUUUUAGUAGCAUUGAUUAGUGUAUUAUACUUUGCUACGACACAUCAGGCAAUUAGACCAACAGAUUCGGGUCCAACAAUAACUAGUGAAUAUUUAACUAUCGUGCCAAAUAAACAUCCAAACAGGUCAUCAGAUGAUGGAUUUCCUAUAUCAGAAGGACAAACUGAGCCAUUUGCUACUUUUGAAGCUUACGGCAAAGGAGAUGUACAACAAAUAGCUGAAGGUAGUCUUCAUAACAAUACAAAUAAAGGUAUAAGAGGAGUAUUAUAUGAUCGUGGAGAUGGUUGUCAAAGUAUUAAAUUUAACGCGGAUGAUUCACCAACAAUAGGAGUUGUUCCAUCAAUUCCAUUACCCAAGGUCUUUACACCUUAUAAAAUAAGUUUAAUAUCUUCUGAUGUAACUAAUUGUCCAUUGGAUCAAAAAAUAAAACUUUCAGAUUAUGAUGGUGAUAGAGCGAUAAUCUUUCAUGUAGAAAGUAAUUUAGAUGAAGAAAAUUUAUCAGCAUUAAACUCUAAAGGUUAUACUAUUCCUAUAUUUACCAUCAAUAAAUCAUCGGGUGACAAUUUUAUAUCGGAAUUAAAAAGGUUAUAUCAGGCCAAACCCAAAGAUGAUUCGUUAUAUAAGGUAAUAAUUGUAAUCUUAAAACCUUAUCAUCAAAUUGUUGUCAAUUCUUGGCUAUUUGCCAUGUUUGCAGUUGGUGGUAUUUUAGUGGCUUCAUUCUUUGUUUCAAUAUUAAUUCACAUGAGAUUAUAUCGUUUAAGAAGGAAUCAACAGCUUGAAAUUAGUAGACAAAGAGCUACUGAUGAAGUUUUAGGGAUGAAAAAAUGGACUUUGGAAAAAGAUAUCAUCGACACCUUCCCUAUCAUCAUUUAUGAUAAAAAAUCUGGUUCAAUUUCGGAGGAACCAACACCUUCUACCGAAUCUACAGAUAUGAUUGCACAACCACAACCAUCAACUCACGAUAAUGAGGAUAUCGAUUCGAUAAAAAAUGAAAAUGACGAAUCUAAUAUGACGAAUCGACAACUUCGUCAUUCAAUUUCCACACAAUCAACACGAGGACUUCACCGUUCAAUUUCCACUCGGUCAACACGAUCAACAAAGUCAACAAGGUCACUUCGCGCGAUCAUUAAUGCGACGAAUUUAUACAAGUCAACAUCAAUUCCAACUACCCCAACUACCCCAAUUACCCCGACCAAUCCAACUAUUCCAACUACUCCAACUGUUGCAACUAAUCAACUUACCCCAACUACCCCAACUCAUCAAACUACCACAGCCACCACAACCAUCCCAGCCAAUCAAACUUCUCUGACAGCAGCAAGUGCAUCAACUGAUGAUGAUACAGACACAUGUGCAAUAUGUUUAGAUGAUUUUGAAAAUGGAGAUGAAAUAAGAGAAUUACCUUGUAAGCAUUGGUAUCAUGUAGAAUGUAUUGAUCCUUGGUUAACAACAAAAAGUAGUUCGUGUCCUUUAUGCAAAAUCGAUUGUAGACCAAAACAAAAUGAGGAGAUUAUUAUUGAUGGUUUCGAAAAUCAAGAUAGCAAUAAUGAAAGCGAUGUCAAUAAUGUUUUUGCUAGAAUGGGUAAGGUAUUUGGUAAAUUAUUUGGGAAAAGGUCAAUAAGUGUAAGGCCAGCAGAUACACGACAACAGAACGAUAGGACUGUAGAUGAACUAGAGAUGGAAAGUAUUGAAACUUCGAGGACAUAA